ACUGCGACGUCAUCAUUUUUGAUUUUGGCAGAAUAUUAGUGACCUGUAGCUGCAAGCUGGAUCUUUGUAAAGCGGAAGAAUAAAAUAAGUAAACUAAAUAGCACGAAUCCCUGUCUGCUGUAAACAUUGGAGCAAAAUGACUCAGAAAAUAAUUAAGUUGACGGUACGCGAUAUCAGAUUUCCAACGUCUUUGGAGCUACAUGGUUCAGACGCAAUGCACACUGACCCCGAUUAUUCUGUUGCCUAUGUUGUCAUUGAAACCGAUCAAGGAAUGCGAGGAUAUGGAUUGACUUUUACUGUGGGCAGAGGCACAGAAAUUGUGGUUUGUGCUGUAGAAGCUCUUUCAGCCCUAGUUGUGGGGAAAUCUUUAGAGGAGAUUGUGAGUGACUUCCGUGGAUUUUACCGCCUCCUUUCCAGCGACGGGCAGAUGCGAUGGAUUGGACCUGAAAAAGGAGUUAUUCAGUUAGCCACGGCUGCUGUCCUGAAUUCAGUAUGGGAUCUCUGGGCACGAAUGGAGGGCAAGCCACUGUGGAAGCUGCUUGUGGACAUGGAACCAAGAAAGCUAAUCUCGUGUAUUGACUUCAGAUAUAUUACAGACGCCCUUACAGAACAGGAAGCUCUUGAAAUACUUGAGAAAGCUGAGGCGGGUAAACAGCAGAGAGUGGACCAGAUGCUGAAGGAGGGUUAUCCUGCUUACACCACGUCUUGCGCCUGGCUAGGAUACUCUGACCAGCUGCUCAAACAGCUGUGCACUGACGCGCUCAGUGAAGGAUGGACCAAGUUCAAAGUGAAGGUGGGGGCUGACCUAGAGGAUGACAUUCGUCGGUGCAGUCUCAUCCGGCAGAUGAUUGGGCCCAACAACACACUGAUGAUUGAUGCCAACCAAAGGUGGGAUGUAGGUGAGGCCAUAACCUGGGUGACCAAACUGGCUGAGUACAAACCCCUGUGGAUUGAAGAGCCCACUUGCCCCGAUGAUAUCCUGGGACAUGCUGCCAUCUCCAAGGCCUUGGCUCCGCUUGGCAUUGGAGUAGCCUCAGGAGAACAGUGUCACAACAGAGUGAUGUUCAAACAGUUCCUCCAGGCGGAAGCGCUGCAGUUCAUCCAGAUUGACAGCUGUAGGAUGGGCAGCGUCAAUGAGAACCUAGCUGUACUGCUAAUGGCCCACAAGUUCAAGGUGCCUGUGUGUCCUCAUGCUGGGGGUGUUGGACUGUGUGAACUGGUUCAGCACCUGAUCCUCUUUGACUACAUAUCUGUGUCUGCCAGUCUCGAUGAUCGGAUGUGUGAAUUCGUUGACCAUCUCCACGAGCACUUUAUAAGUCCGGUGGUGAUUAAGAAUGCCCACUACAUGCCUCCCAAGGAUCCCGGCUACUCCUGUGAGAUGUUGGAGUCAUCGGUGCAGAGAUACCAGUACCCUCAGGGGGAAGUGUGGAAGCAGUUUAAAAAGCAGAGCCUGAAGGACUGAAGAUAUCAAGACCAUCUUAUCUGCACAACAGAAUCAUUUCAGCUUGUGGAGAUUUAGCCCAUUAGGGAAUGGCACUCACUUGCCAUUUAAUGACAAUGGAUUCAUCAAUUUAAGUCCUUCAAUGUCACACAACAAGGUUAUUAAAAACUGUGGUUCUAAUCAUUUUUGUUGGGAGAAGCCAGGGCAUUUAAUUUUUCACAAUGGACUGGGCCUAAUUGUCAUAUCUUCCUGUUGAUCUGUGCAUUUCAAGAGAUCAUUGCACAAAAUGAAAAUGUUACUUUUGUAUUUUUCUAAGGAAUUGAACUAGUGUUUCUAUAAUCUAUAGCAAUAAAGGGUUAACUAAA